AUGCCUAUGCAGAGGCAAACCAUUCUAAAGCUACAGCUGGUGGUACUUACCUUGGCCAAGAAAUUUAUGGUUGGUGAGAAGUACAAUUGCAUCAGGAUAUACCGUGUCACAAACACAUAUACUCUGAAGUAUUAUGUUCAAGGAAUCAAGGUGUCAGGCACAAAUGCGAUUGGCACAACGCCAGCGAGGCAGCGAGCAAGCCGGGGCUUGCGGCGGCACGAGGGGGUCACAGGAGGCGGCGACACUGACUUCCGCGUCGCCAAGCGGCGCUGGCCGCAGCCCCCUGCGGCUCUAGAGCUGGCACUUGUCGCGCUCAACAGCAGGUCAUUCGUCGUGAUCGUUCUCGAGAAGAAGUGCAGUGGGCAUCUCGGGGCGUGA